AAGACUUGUCUACUACCGGUCUUUCGAUACUCUUCACUACAAGUACAUACGACCAGAAUGCGUUGGCUUACUGCAAGUUGUCGGACCUGUGGGUCCGCUUUUUGUUUGGCGGCGGAUAAUUAUUGUUGCUGCGGACUCCACCCUCAUGCUCGCUGCUUCCAGUAAAACAACCGCUGACCGUGUCUCUUGGAGCCUUGUCGUAGGCCAGCGCUCGCGCUCUAUAAAUACCUUCCCACUGGUUUCCCUGAGGUCUUAGUAUCGACUCCAUCACCCACGUCCCCGAUGUCCAGUACUUUGACUUACACUCCUAUCGAAGAAAUCCCCAAGAUCAGGGAUGACCUCCGCACUACUUUCAAGACGGGCGUAACUCGUUCACUUGAGUGGCGCAAGCGCCAACUUUACCAAGUUGCUCGACUGGCCCAGAAUGAAGUGGAGGCCAUCUGCGAUGCGAUGGCUCGCGACUUCGCUAAACCCCGUUUCGAGGUAAUGGUGGCAGAGCUUGCUGCAGUCGUUCAGCGUGCCCUCAAGAGCGCAGAGAGCCUCGAGGAGUGGAUCAAGCCCGAACAUCCUGAUGUCCCGGAUUUCCAGAAGAGCUGGAAACCAACAAUAUAUAAAGUUCCUAAGGGCACUGUGUUGAUUAUCUCACCGUGGAAUUAUCCUGUGAUUCUUACUUUGCAACCCCUUAUCGGAGCUAUCUCCGCUGGGUGCUGCGCAAUUUUGAAGCCAUCCGAGGCUGUACCUCACUUUUCGAAACUCCUCGCAGAGCUUCUCCCCAAGUAUCUCGAUACGUCUACUUACCGUGUCAUUAAUGGUGCGGUUCCUGAGACGACGAAGAUACUCGAACUGCAAUGGGACCAUAUCUUCUACACUGGCAACGGGAGGGUCGCGCGUAUUGUGGCGAGUGCAGCUGCCAAGCAUUUGACACCAUGCUCGUUAGAACUCGGAGGUAAAAGUCCGGUUGUCGUGGAUGCCACGUACGACAUGGAACUUGCUGCCAAGCGUAUCUUGUGGGGCAAGUGUAAUAAUGCAGGCCAGAUCUGCGUCUCUCCAGAUUAUAUCCUCGUUCCCAGGCACAAACAAGAUGAACUCAUUAAAGGAUUUGAAAAAGCUUACAAGGCUUUCUUCCCUGAAGGAGCUCUUGACGAUGCAAACUACGGGAGCAUCGUAAAUGACCUCCAUUUCCAGCGCCUGAGCGCACUGCUUGACCGCUCGCAGGGAGAGAAAGUAGGUGGAGUUUUCGGGGGUAGGAGAGAUCCGGCGAGACGGCGAUUCGAGCCUGUUAUCGUCAAAGGCGUGGACGAAAACGAUUCGUUGUUAGAAGAGGAAAUAUUCGGACCUAUACUCCCCUUCAUUGCUGUUGACUCGCUGGACGAAGCGAUUGAUUUCAUCAACGCGAGACCUCAUCCUCUGGUUUUAUAUGCGUUCACAGAAGAUCCUGCCGUUAAAGAAAGACUUAUUAAUGAGACUCAGAGCGGUGGUAUUGCUUUUAACGACACUUUCCAACACCUCGCUGUUGGGGAGUUACCAUUUUCGGGUGUCGGGGAGUCCGGAUACGGUUACCAGUUCUUACGAUACUCAUUUGAUGCUUUCACCCAUAUGCGAAGCUCCGUUGAUAUCCCUAGAAGUGAGGAGCGCAACCUAAGUUUACGAUACCCGCCGUACAAGACCGAAGCAUACCAAAUGUUGGGUGGAGCCUUGAACACGCCUAUACCUGAGUAACGUGAUAGUGGUGGGGGUCACUUAGCGCUGGCGCCUUUAGUUCCGUCGAAACUUGGGGCUGUUUCCUGUUGCCUGGGAGUAUAGUCGAGGAAUUGUGUAGGCAGAAGUUAGAUGUACAUAUGUAUGUACAAUUGAAGUUAGUGCAUGAUUUCCUGAUUGUGCAUCAGUUUG